GAUUGAUGGCGCUUGUUCUAUAGAUAUUGCAUUACCAACUGCAAAUCACUGUUGUAGCUAGGCCCGAGAGUGUUGAUAAAUGGAGUUAUAUAUUGCAAAUAUGUAAAGUUAUGUAGUAUUUUGUAUGUGUCUGUCAAGUUUUAUAUUUUGUAUAUAAUAUGGCUUUACGAGAAAUUAAAUUAUGUCUUCUUGGGGAUUCGGGAGUGGGAAAGUCUAGUAUAGUUCAACGUUUUGUUUCAGACCAAUACACUGAAAGUAUUCCUCCUACGAUAGGAGCUUCUUUUAUGUCGAAAACAUUAAUGGUAGAUGACAAAUCAUACAAAUUUCAAAUAUGGGAUACAGCUGGACAAGAAAAGUAUCGUGGUCUAGCACCGAUGUACUACCGAGGGGCCUCAGCAGCAAUAGUAGCUUAUGACAUCACAAGUCAGAUUUCUUAUGAAAAAGUGAAAGAUUGGAUACAGGAAUUGCACCAACAUGGCCCAGAGAAUAUCGUCAUAGCAAUAGCUGGUAAUAAAUGCGAUAUGGAUGAUCUUCGUGAAGUAGAGACGAAAACCGCAGAAACUUAUGCAAAUGAUAUAGGAGCAAUUUUUAUAGAAACUAGUGCAAAAACUGCAGAAAAUGUUAAGGAAUUAUUUAAGGAAAUAAGUACACGUUUACCUCCAGAGGUCCUCCUACCACAGUAUUCAGACUCCAUCAGUCUCCGAAGACAACCAGUCCAAAAAAAGAAGCGAUGCUGUUCUGGAGGAUUGCCAUCCUCUUCAUCAACCUCAUCAUAGCGUCUAUGGUAACCGUCUCCAUCAUCUGGGAAUCUGUGAUGAUAGUUCCCAUGAGCAAAGACAUAUGUAAAGUGUUAAUGACCUUUCACUAAAUGGUCUUGAGAAAUCAUGGUGAUGUCUUCCCAUAGGAUGGAGAUACUCUGUAUUGUCGUUAGAGGGACUAAUUCCACAAUGAGAGGCUACAAUUAAUAUAUUUCUAAUGAAUUAUGAUCAUCAUAAUAAAAAGUUUGUGAUGGUUGGUAAUAACAAAAUAUAUUACUACACCAAGUAUAAAAAUACUUUUAAAGAAUACAGGGAUAAAUGACAUUAAUUACACAUAUGUAAUGAUUGAAAAAUUAAUAAAAAUAUAUUGUAGAACCUAUUAUUAAUAAGAGAAGACUAUAUAUAUAUUAUUGACAAAUACAGUAAUAUGAAGAGAAUAUAUAUUACAUAAAAUAAUUAGAGAAAAUGCAAUAAUUCUUGUGAUACUGUACAAGCAAGAAGUAAAUUACCACGUCAUAUGAAAAAACAAAUUAUCAAAAAUGUACACGGAUAUCAGCAUAUCGUCUGCAGGGAAUUUAUUAUAUGUUGUUGUUGAUUAUGGGCACUGACUGUGUAUUCAGCAAUCCCAAAAAUCUAAUUAAUGUACACAAUAUCUCACGUCCACUAAAUUCAGUAUAUCUCUGGGCUACAUAAAUGAUUGUAGACAUGUCUGUACACUACAUAUUUAGUAUAUACAUACAAACAUUUAAAAUCUACUGUAGGCCUAAAUUUUAGGCAUAUUCAGAUUAUAUUGAAGUAGAGCGGUGGUCUGGUAGUUAAAGUGCUGGCCUUCCAAUAGCAAGAUCCCAGGUUCAAAUCCCUUAAGCUACCAGGUGCGAACCUGGCAAAAAAAAUUCCCCCUUGUCCCCAACCCUCUUUCAAAAACUUGCUUAUAUAGAACUUUAUGAGUGGAAUAUUGAUAGUCCAAAUGAUCAGUUUAGCUGGGAGGUUGGGGGUAUUAUACUGUACAACCCUCAGUGAAUAUGAUGUGAAGGGAGGUGGGUAAUUAAGUUUAAAUUUGUACAUAAGGAAGUAAAGUAUAAUAAGUAGAAACUGCAUGGAAAAAAAGAUAUUUUAAUUUGAUAUCAAGAAUGAAAUAAAUACAUUUUCUGUGCAUGAAAGUCACUAUAGAGGGAGACAUACUGUAAUUUCCUGUUAGUAUAAUCAAUCCGGCUCGUCUCUAAAAAUUGUAUUCAUAAAAUAAACUCAACCAAAUAAAUACAUUAAAGAAGUUAAAAUAAGUACAGUACAGUGAUUUAUUUUAUGUUAAUCUGAAACAAACAUGAUUUUUUAAACAUGCAGUACUUCGAUUUUUUGUUGUACCUUGUUUCAAACAUUUAAUAAGCAUUACUGUACCAAGAUAAUAUAUUAAUGCUUGCGGUACACCACAUCGAAAGUUCUGAAUAGAACUGUUGCUGGUUGCGAAUGUCUUGACAUUUCUAUUGAGUUGCUUCAUUCGUCUUCAGGAGAAUAAUAUCUGCAGAAAAUUCCGUCGAAAUUCCAAAUCGAAACAUCAAGACAUUCUCAACCAACAAUAGUUCUUUUCAGAACUAUGUACGUGGUGUACCGCAAGCAUUAAUAUAUAUUGUUACUUCGCCAUUCAAACCUUCAAACUAUACCAAGAUAAAUAUCAUCAUAAGGUCUAAGAAUAUUUAAUUAUUCAGCAUUAUACACAUCUCAAAAAUUUAUAUUUAAUGCAAAUCUCUAUAUAGAUAUUAGAUUUUUUAUUCAUGAUCAUCAUCAGAAUUAUAAUCAUCAUCUAUUAUGCAUAAAAGGUUUUAUAUUUUUUACAGUAUAUAUUUGUAAAAUGAUGAGUUAGAGUUUGAUCCUCAAACCAGGACACAAAUACAGUAUUUAGGCUUUUUGUAAUAAUUAGAUGCUAAUAAGCUGUAUUCAUGUUGCAAACUCUUGGUUGUUGUUUAAUGUAGAAAUUGUUGACAUUCACACAACAAUUGCAUGAGAUUGUUUUACUGUACAAAAAAACAUACUAUCACCCAGUAUGGGACCUUUAACUGCAACCCAUCUCUGAAGUCAGGAUGAUCCCAGUAACUUAGGGAGCUUUAAAUUUGGGAUGACUUAAAAUGUAGACUUUAAUUACAUCAUGAUAAUUUAUGUAUGCAUGUCUGAAUGCUCUGUGUUGCAUCCACUCCUGAAAUCUGAAACAGUAUUCGACAGAAUCUACAUUCAGGCUAGGACGUGGACUGUACUGUAUUAAACAUUGGUGCUUCAGUCUUCGCGUUUGUGACGUCUCUGCAUACGCAUCUUCAAAAAUCUUGUUUUAAGCUCUGGGCACACUAUCAAAUUUUCUUUGACAAAACUCUGUUGUAUGCCCAUAUAUAGUCAUGAUGUGCCCAUAUAUAGUCAUGAUGUGCCUAUAUAUGGUCAUGAUGUGAUGUCAUCAUGACCAUAUUUAGGCAUGUCACAUGUUUUUGUCAAAUAAAAUUUGAUAAUCUGGUCCCUUAUGGUUCUCAAUCAAAAGCUCCCUUUCAUUAGUUAGAGCAUUUCCCUGACUAGGUAAAUUCUUGCAUAGUUCAAUACAAUCACUGUGAUUACCCAAUUUGAACAACAUUGUAAUAAUAAUUAAUUCAUUUUAAUUUAAUAAUAACGUCUUUCUUUUUAUUAUGCAUAGUGCCAAGGUCUCUAACCAAUUUGUAAUUAUUUUUUAUGUCUUUAAUUAUUAUGAUUAUCAUUGUUCCUGAAUCCUUAUUGUUUAUGAAUAUAAUUUCCAUUUCAUAUUCAUUGAUUUUUGUACUAACAGUUAUUACUGUUUGAUUUUUUUAUGAUUUUGUGUUUCCAAUGAGCUGUUUUAUAAAUGAUUCAGAUUAAUCUUUAUAAUUUAUUCAAUUUUAUAAUUAUUAUUGUCUUUCAUUGUUAUCAAAUAUCAAUUAUAGUAAAUUGUAUUCUUAUAUAAAUUUAUGUUUGUAUUGUAAUUGAAUUUCCAAAAUUUGCUAUAUAUGGCUGCAUUAUAUGUUGCUUAGACAAGAUUCUAUAUUCUGUGUUUGUUAAAUAUAUAAUUUUAUGAAAUUUAAUUUCAAUUUAUUAUUGUAAUAUAUAAUCUUACAUUUGUCAAAAAUGAUUACAUGUUGCCAAGAUUUUCUUGCUAUUAAAUAGACAGUACUAGAAAUAACUACUUAUGAUUGUGAUGAAGUGGUAGCUUGGUGGCUACAAUGCUUGCCUUCUAGUCACAGGGUCCUGGGUUCAAAUCCUCUCAUAGUUUUAGUAAGACUACAGUUCAUAAUGAGAGUUAAUUAGGUCAGGCACAUAAUUUGUUGACCACACUGCAGGGGUCCCAAUUGGAGAGAUGUAUCUUCGAGGAGAUCUGGUGUAGCCAGCGGGUACCUAGUUAGUUGGAUGUUAUGAACAGUUUGGUUUCCCAAACUCGAUGCCGGGGUUUAAAUCCCUUGCUGUGCAUUUCACUUGCAUCCUUGAGCAAGACGAGUGCCUUGUAUCCCAAUUCUUUGAUGCCCUUGUGAACAGGCGUGCUGUAUAAAUUCCAUUAUUCUUAAUAAUGCUAAUGCUUGUGUUCUUUAAUGUCAGUUCCUGAAAUCAAAGUGAAUUCAUUUUUUGUUCAUACUCAGUGUUAAGAUGCUUAAUAAAAAAAAAAAACUAUAAUGCUUUGUAAUCAGAUUAAUAUCAGUUGUUUUAAAUUGUACUAAAAGUGACAUAUUUUUCUAAUGAACUUGUCAAUCCUACUUAACAACACAAUUUAUAAAGUAUGAUCAGGGAACAUUUAACUGUUCCCUGGUAUGAUCUUCCAUCCUGAUAAGUGUAACCCAAAUCAUGAUAACAAUUAAGAUUUACUUUGGGCAUGCCAUAUCAAUUUACUUAGCGAAACUAACACAAAUAUGCCAACUUGAUCACCUGUUUUAAACAUGGUAUAAAAUAUAUUUUUCCACGUGUAAAGUAAAACAGUACAUCUUUAAUCAGUUGUGUUUUGGAACCGGCGUCAGAUCACCUGCAAACAAUAGUUUGAAUUAACCAAGCAAUAAAAUGUAAAUACAAAGAAUCGAGCAACAAUAAUAAACAUCCAUAUGUUUAAUUUUA